AAGAGUAAAUUUGGCAGAGAGAGAGAGAGAAAGUUAAGGGUUUCUUUUUGUUGGGAAGAUGGCCAUGGCGGCGUUGCAGACCUGUUAAAUUCUGUCAUUACAUAAAUAUUACCACUUUUCUUUUACUUAUUUCAUCUAAUUAAUCUCUCUCUCUUCAUUUCAUUUCUCAUCCUCUCUUUCUUCUUAAUGUUUCCUCAUUAGUACUUCUCUUCUUUUCCUUUUCUUCUCCACAAAUAAUUCUCUUCUUCUUUUUGUAUUUUCCUUUGUAAUUUUCUUACACCCACAACCAAACAAAUCUACUACAAACAAAUAAAAUUUUUUUUAGGGUUGUGUAAAUUAAAAACAAAUUACCAAUUUCAUCCUUAUCCUCCUUUAAUCUAAAAACCCUUGUUUCAUUUCAUUUUCUAUAAAAUACCCAUAAAAAGAAACACCCCAAAAUUCAAUGGGUAUGGAUCAGUUUUCCUUCCCAAAAACAUGGCAGGUUUUUUCUCUUUAGGUAAUAAUUCAAUUCACAACAAAACCUCCAUAAACUCAUACUUAUGGCAUUAUUAUCAUCAUCUUCAACUUCAUCACCAACAUUCAAUCUCAGCCGUUGAUUCACAAGAUGAAAUCACAAGAUCUGAUAAUUCAAAGAAUAAUAAUAAUUUAAUGAUGAUGAGAAUGAGUAGUAGUGGGAGUGGAGGAAGUAUAAGUUGUCAAGAUUGUGGAAACCAAGCAAAGAAAGACUGUAUUUACAUGAGAUGUAGAACAUGUUGUAAAAGUCAAGGAUUUGACUGUGCUACUCAUGUUAAGAGUACGUGGGUCCCAGCUUCUGUUCGCCGGGAACGUCACCAGAAGCUUCUUCAGAGUAAUAAUCCCGUUGAUCAUCACCAACAAGAACAACAACAAAUGUUAGGGAUACAUUCUAAGAGGAGGAGAGAUAAUAAUAAUAAUAUUAAUAACAAUAAUAAUAAUACUAAUACUAAUAAUAAUAAUAAUCCUUCUUCCUCUUUGGUUUGCACUCAAUUGCCUCUCACUACUACUAAUAUUUCUUCCUUUUCAGGAGGUAUGGAAGUAGGGAAUUUUCCGGCGGAAAUGAAUUAUCCGGCGACCUUCCGGUGCGUAAAGGUCAGCUCAAUGGACGACAAUGAAGAGGAGUAUGCAUAUCAGACGGCUGUGAACAUAGGAGGGCAUGUAUUUAAAGGAAUUUUGUAUGAUCAAGGCCCUGAUCAUCCUAACCACCAAGUUGGAACUUCUAGUCCUACUUAUGCUCUUGGAGUUGGAGGAGGAGGAGAAAGCUCUACAAUGGGGCCCACUACAUCCAUGGGUGGGCCCACUCCGGUCAUGCCUACAUCGUCUUCACAAAAUGUUGGGUAUUUAGACCCGUCUUACUACCCUCUUCCACUCAAUGCUUACUUGCCUCCCGGUACGCCAUUCUUCCCAAACCCAAGGCCUUAAAAAUUGCUGAUAAUAGAGUAUAUAACAUAUAUAAAACUAUAACGACGAUCAACUUAAGUUUUUGGUCGAAUAGUUUCUCUGAGAUGGUAUCAAGUGCCAUUAAUUUAUUUGAAAUUAUUAUGGAUUGCAAAAAGAAUUGAAUUGGUAGAGGGAAUUUAUAUUGGGAAGAAGAAUAUAAGCUAGUAUCAUGUUGGGUUAAUUAUUAUAAUUGUUAUUGUUGUUUUAUGUUUUUUGUAACAUGUUCAUCAUUUAGAAAUUUGAAGAGGAUUAUUUUGUA